GCAAACAAACAGUGGGCCAAAUCUCAGUGUCUCUCUAUUUCCCUCCUUUAGAAGGCCGUUUGGGAUCUGUCACACUGAUCUGGAACAUUAGCUACCAGCUAAAUACAUACUGGAUAACUUGUUCUGUUAUACAACCUGAGUAAGAAUUGCCUGCCAGGAAUACUGGGAUGAGAAAAGGAAGAAUCUAAAAGGUACACAUGAUUCACUGGGCCAAGGAAAACAUCAGCACAGGACAGGAACCAGGACUUUGGAGGCCUGUGACGAGUGGAGGAAUAGCAGCAUCACACAGAAUGACAACACAUUGAUUUACCUGAGCUAGACAAUCAGAAAGACACAGAGGAAUUAAGUGAUUGCGCUGAAAUAGUGGGUAAUUUUGGAACAGAGUGGUGAACUGAAGAGGAAAGUCGUGCAGCAGCCUGUUCUGGUUCCUUUGCUCAUAUAAAUCAGACUUUUGUUUGGGCCUAGUGUGGCCUCCUGAAGCAGUGACCAGAACCAUGAAGCUGUCAGGGAACGUGCUGCAUCUGGACUCCACAGACUACAGCACCACCCUUGAUCCCUCCUACACCAUGCUGGAGUUUGACAACCUCAGGGUGUUUCCUGUAGAGACAGAGUUGAUGAUGCCGGAGCCUGCCCCUCUGCUGCCACAGACCAAUGGGAGCGUGUGUUCCAUAUGUGCAGACAGGGCCACAGGUAAACACUACGGUGCUUCCAGCUGUGACGGCUGCAAGGGCUUCUUCAGGAGGAGCGUCAGGAAGAACCACGCCUACACCUGCAGCAGGUUCAGCAGGCAAUGUGUUGUGGACAAAGACAAGAGGAACCAAUGCCGUUACUGCAGGCUUCGGAAAUGUUUCCGAGCAGGCAUGAGAAAGGAAGCUGUGCAGAACGAGCGGGACCGCAUCAGCAGCCGCAGAGGAGAGGGUCAGGGGUUGGGCACUCUGUCAAUCAGUGUACUGCUACAGGCAGAGGCCAGCAUGCAUCAGUUUCCAGCCCUGACCUCCCCUAUGAGCUGUGACAUCAACACCAAGAAGAUAGCGCUCGUGGGGGACGUGUGUGAGUCCAUGAAGCAGCAGCUCCUCCUGCUGGUGCAGUGGGCCAAGCGCAUCCCCGAGUUCUGCAGCCUCCCCGUUGACGACAGGGUAUCCCUGUUACGAGCCCACUCUGCUGAACACCUCAUCCUAGGGGUGGCUCGACGCUCCCUGCCUUACAAUGACAUUAUCCUUCUGGGUAAUUACUUUGUGAUCCCAGUGAGCGGUCCUGAGGUGGAGGUGUCCAGGGUGGCUGCCCGGAUCCUAGAGGAGCUGGUCAAGCCUCUGAGAGAGCUGGACAUCACCGACAGCGAGUUUGCCUGCCUUAAAACCAUAAUCUUCUUCAGUCCUGACUGCCCAGGGCUGGAGGCCCCUCAGACAGUGCGUCGGCUGCGUUUCCAGGCCCAGGUGCUGCUGGACGAGGCCACCUGUGAACAGCGGGGGCGUUUUGGAGAGCUGCUGCUGAUGCUGCCUCCCCUGCAGAGUGUGGCCUGGCAGAUGGUGGAGACCCUGCAGCUGGCCAGGCUCCUGGGGGAGCCCAGCGUGGACAGCCUGCUGCAGGAGAUGCUGCUGGGGGAGGGGGCCACUGGGGGCCUGAGACAACGCACAGGGCACGGUACACUCCAGAGGGGAGAUACUUACAGUCCUAACUCAAAUGUAAUGGCGUUCCCCCAACCCCAAGAUCACACCUUGUCUCAGGACCUACUAGGAGGCCAUGUCGGGUUGCCUAGCAACUUCACAUCAGUCAUCCUACCUGUUCCUAGCUCUCUGCCAGUGGUGCCUCUGGUGCCCACACAGACUGGCACUGAGGUGUACAGACAUGGAGAGGGGGCAGACAUGCCCAUAGAGUCUGCCCACAGCAUGCCCAUGGCUCUUGUCCACACCUGCCUCUGAGAAGCAGACCAAGCAGCAGCAGCUACUAUACAGAGGAGAAAAAAGCUGUGUGGUCUAAACAUGCGCGAGCACACACACAUUUAAUCCGGCCGGCGUUUGGUUUGAGUAAAAAAUAUAUAUAUUUUAAUAACCACUUAGAGGAAAUACAACACAUUUUAAGUGCAGCCCUCCGAGCCUCAUUGAAGACUGAAUGUGGCUCCUGGGGCAAAAUGAGUUGCACACACCUGACCUGGUGUUGGUGCUUCCAGGCCGUACUACUGUAUGAACACAACAUGAAGUAGAGGCUGUUAUAUGGACACUACUAACCCAAAAAUGGACUUUGACUCAACCAGCCAGUCCUCUCCCUUAUCCACCUUUGCACAAUGCACAUUACACACAGGGAAUAUGAUGCACACAAUUAAUAAUUGAUCAGGAAUGGUUCUUUAUGUUAACCAUUCACUGACAAUUAAAAUCAUCAAAUCAAUAAAGACCACAGCUCAAUAGUAUUAUCUUUAUUAGAUCAUGGUUGGGUGAGUGAGUUGUGUUGUGUUGGCAUGUUGAAGACAGUGAUGUCGCAGUGGUGAAGUAAGAACAAUUUCAUGUUUUUUAUAUUCAGGAUCAUUGUCCAUGCAGAUGUUGAUACUGUUAAACAUUUUAAAGUUACUCAAAAUGUUUUUGUUUUUUUAAAGGAAAUAAAUGAAAAAUAAAUUUG